CAACAUUUGCGUACAUUCGGACACCCCUAUUCCUUCAACUUUAGGUCUUCCUUUAACCUCGAUGACCAGAUUUUGCCCAAAUUAUCUACACGGCUUAGAAUUUUCACAACCCAGAACACAAUUUCAAGGCCAUAUUCAAAUCUCUUCAUGCAACGGGAAGUUGAAAACCAAACGAACUCGAACAUCUUUUAAUGGCGUACAACUCCUGGAGCUGGAGAAAGAGUUUACAAAUAACAUGUACCUGUCUAGACUUCGCAGAAUUGAGAUUGCAAAUUACUUGAAUCUAUCCGAAAAACAGGUUAAAAUCUGGUUCCAGAACCGUCGGGUGAAAUUCAAAAAAGAAGGUCUUUUUUAUUGUAAAAAUCGACAAGAAUUCAGUCCCCACGCAUCAGACGCCGCAGUGUGAUUGAUACACGAGAAUCGACGAGAACGAGAGAACGCUUUCAGAACAUAGAGUGAACAUAUUUCUCUAUAUGGAUCACAAUUUACGUAUUCUGUUACCCUUAACAACAUAAUCAACCAUAAAAACUUUUUAUCAAUAUUUAUAUCUGAAGGUUAAAAUACAUAUAAAAUAACAAUACAUAAUAAAAACAUAUUAGACCCUCUCUCAGUUAACAAUGUAUCAUGAGGUUUCCUUUUUUGCUGUUCUUACGAUUCUUCUGUUGCAAUAACUAAAAACUAUU